GAUUUUGCAUAUUCUUUCCUGUCUAAACCCUACUCGCGUCCCAGGAACCUCCCCCGGCCAUGGCGAACUGUACACCGUUGCCGGCGACUCCUGGCUGUGAAGAGCCGAGCCCCAUCAGGCACGUCCUCUGCGUGACGCGGGACGAGGACGUUAAGCGGUUCGAAGAGACCGAGGACUGCUUCAUCCUGGGUUUCGACCCGUUCGAGCGUAUCUCCAGGUUCUCCCUGUCGAUGACGGAGGCUGGCGCGACCGACGAUCGCGGCGAUGGGUCCAAGGACGUCGUCGUCAUUGCUGAGAAAGGACAGGUGGCUUGUAGAGACUUCCCGCACUCGAGGCAUCUUUGUCAGAAAUUUCCCUUUGCAACUACGCCUCAUGAAAGACACUGCGAGCUGUGUUACUGCUAUAUAUGCGAUUCAGCUGCUCCAUGUAAGAGGUGGUUCAAGAGAAACCAUUAUGAUGCCACUGAGCACGACAAUAGGUGGAAGUCAAGAGGAGGAGAAGAUUGA